CGCCAACUCCCUCGCCCUCUCGCGUCGCGGGCGAUGGCGCUGGUGUAGGUGUAGAUGUGUAGAUAGAAAUGGUAGCAGCUGACCCACAGUGUCUUGUAGUGAGGAAGAACUCCGAGUUUCGCCCGUUUCCAACGAGGCAGUGCUUCCUGGACGGCUACCAUUUCCUUUAUUUUCUGCUCGUGCACGAAAAGCCGUCCUUCACUCGUGGCGUUCUCAAGUAAAACCAUGGACACGAAAGCAGCCUAAACAGAGGGGCCAUGCCCAGCACCGCGGCCGUCGGGAGAAAUGGUGGCCGCAGGGGCAGCAAGCAGACGACCAGCAACAGGGAGGACAUCGAGUUGGCGGGCACCGGCAGCAGCACGGCGAGGAACUCGCUGGCACCGACAAAUGGAGAUGAUGCAGCUUCCUCCUCCCAAGUCGACAGUUCGGUGGAUGUGGCAGAUGGGGCUGGUGGAGGCUUGGGGUACAGGGUCAUUUUUGUCAAUCGACCACAGCCUCAAGCCAACAAAUUCUGCACGAAUUACAUUUCGACUGCCAAGUACUCCUUAGUUUCCUUUUUCCCUGCUUUCUUGUUUGAGCAGUUCAGACGGUAUUCAAAUUGCUUCUUCUUGUUUAUUGCUAUGCUGCAGCAAAUACCUGAUGUAUCUCCCACGGGACGAUGGACGACCCUAGUACCCCUACUUUUCAUUCUUACUGUUUCUGCCAUUAAAGAAACUAUUGAAGACAUUAAACGUCAUCGGGCAGAUAGUGAAACAAAUCAAAAAGAAGUAGAAGUUUUAAGAGAUGGCCAUUGGCAGUGGGUCAAGUGGCAUGCAGUCCUAGUUGGAGACAUAGUCAAAGUCCACAACAAUAAUUUUUUUCCUGCAGAUCUCAUUGUGUUAGCUUCUAGUGAGCCUCAAGCAAUGUGUUAUAUUGAAACAUCAAACCUUGAUGGUGAAACAAAUCUAAAGGUUCGGCAGGGUUUAGCAGAAACGGCUAAUCUUCUAAAGACAGAUGAUCUCUCUCAAUUUCGGGCUACUUUGGAGUGUGACCUGCCUAACCGUCACCUUUAUGAGUUCAGUGGUGUUUUGAAGGAAUCUGGUAAACAGAAACUUUCCCUUGGCCCUGAUCAAGUUUUACUAAGAGGUUCACUUUUAAGAAACACCCGCUGGGUGUUUGGACUGGUUGUAUACACUGGUCAUGAAACAAAGCUAAUGAAGAACUCCACCUCGGCUCCUCUAAAAAGAUCAUCAGUAGACAAAUUAAUCAACAAGCAAAUUUUAAUCUUAUUUAUGAUUCUCAUUGUGUUGUGUUUACUCUCUGCUUCAUGCAGUGAGUGGUGGUCAUACACACAUGGUGAAAAUGACUGGUAUCUGGGAGCGUAUGUGUCCAAAAAUUUUGGGUACAAUCUGUUGACAUUUAUGAUUCUCUACAACAAUCUCAUUCCAAUUUCACUUCAAGUCACAUUAGAGAUGGUUCGUUUCAUUCAAGCAACAUUCAUAAACAUGGAUAUUGAUAUGUAUCAUGCUCAAACAAACACUCCUGCCAUGGCACGAACAUCCAACCUCAAUGAAGAGCUUGGAAUGGUCAAAUAUAUUUUUUCAGACAAAACUGGUACUCUUACUAGAAAUGAAAUGGUUUUCAAACAAAUGAGUGUUGGAGGCAUAUUAUACAAACCAGCAGAGAAGCUCAGAGACACACUUCUAAUGCAGCACAUAGAACAAGGACAUGAAAAUGCUGCCCUUUUGCGUGAAUUUAUGGUGUUGAUGUCUGUCUGCCACACUGUUAUUCCUGAGCAAAUGUCUGAUGGAACAAUUCAGUACCAUGCUUCAUCUCCAGAUGAACGUGCAUUAGUCCAAGGAGCUGCUCUGUUUGGCUUUACUUUUGAUACUCGUACUCCCAGUUCUGUUGAAAUUCUGGCUCUAGGCCACCGUGAGAAGUAUGAAAUAUUGCAUGUCAUAGAAUUUACAAGUACAAGAAAGAGAAUGUCGGUCAUUGCCCGCACACCUGACAACAAGAUCAAGUUGUACUGCAAGGGUGCAGAUACAGUGAUCUAUGAACGGUUAAGUCAAAGUACCCAGAAAGCCAAAGAGCAAACUUUAAAACACCUCGAAACAUUUGCUACUGAAGGUCUACGUACUCUUUGCUGUGCUGUGGCUGAUAUUUCUGAUGAGGCUUACGAAGAAUGGAAGGAAACCUACUACAAAGCUAAAGUCUCUCUUCAGAAUAGAGAGCAAAAAAUGGAUGAAGCAGCAGAGCUGAUUGAGACCAAUCUCACUCUUCUAGGAGCAUCUGCAAUUGAAGACAAGCUGCAAGAUCAGGUUCCAGAAACUAUUUCUGCUCUGAUCAAAGCUGAUAUAAACGUGUGGGUGCUGACAGGGGAUAAACAAGAAACAGCUAUAAAUAUUGGAUACUCAUGUCAGCUUAUCACUCAAGGAAUGCCUAUACUGAUAGUUAAUGAAGGUAGUCUAGACGAUACAAGAGAUACGAUUGGACGUCACAUUGCUGACUUUGGGGAGCACUUGAAGAAACCAAAUCAUGCUGCACUUGUAGUUGAUGGGCACACAUUAAAAUAUGCCCUCACUCAUGAUCUCCAAAGAGACUUCUUAGACUUAUGUAUUUCGUGCAAGGUUGUUGUUUGUUGUAGAGUUUCUCCAAUGCAGAAAGCUGAGAUGGUGGAGUUAGUCACUGUGCACACUGGAGCUGUAACCUUAGCCAUUGGGGAUGGUGCGAAUGAUGUUGCCAUGAUUCAAAAAGCCCACGUUGGUGUAGGUAUAUCUGGAUAUGAAGGACUCCAAGCAGCUUGUGCAUCUGAUUACUCUAUAGCACAGUUCCGAUUUUUGCUUAAAUUGCUCUUGGUUCAUGGAGCUUGGAACUACAACAGAAUGUGCAAAUUAAUCUUGUACAGCUUUUACAAGAAUAUCUGCCUCUAUAUUAUUGAGCUGUGGUUUGCUAUCUACUCUGGCUGGUCAGGUCAAGUUAUGUUUGAACGCUGGACUAUUGGUUUAUACAAUGUGCUGUUUACUGCAUCUCCUCCAAUCACAAUGGGUAUUUUCGACAAAGUUUGCUCUGCUGAAAUGAUGCUUCAAUACCCAAAGUUAUACUCUCCGUCUCAAAAUGGUGAACAUUUAAAUGUGAAGGUCUUCUGGGGCUGGAUUGUUGUGGCCAUCAUUCACUCCAUCAUUUUGUACUGGUUGCCCAUGCUGAUGUGUCAGCAUGACGUACUUUGGAGCUCUGGGUUUGAUCAAAGUUACUUAGUACUUGGCAACUUUGUGUACACGUAUACUGUGGUUACUGUAUGUCUAAAAGCUGGACUAGUGACAAAUUCGUGGACAUGGUUAACACAUGCUGCAAUCUGGGGCUCCAUUGCAACUUGGUUCUUGUUUGUUGUAAUUUACAGUGCGUUUUGGCCAACAAUUCCCUUGGGAGCUGUUAUGUCUGGCAUGGACCUGAUGAUGUUCACAUCGCCAGUUUUCUGGUUGGGUCUUGUCCUUAUUCCAUUUUCAACAUUAAUAAUUGAUGUAACAUACAAAGUAAUUUCGACUUCUACUCAUAAAUCGUUGACGGAUGCUGUUCGAGAGAGCGAGAUAAGGAAAUCUGAUCCUGGAAUUGUCAUGGCAGAAAGCAAGACGCAUGACUUUCAUCGCAGUCAUUCAGGCAGCAGUGCUGCUGUUUGGAGCUCUCUACUAGAAUUCAAUCACCAAUUCAAAUUUGACAUGCAUAAUAGGGUGUUAAGGGUUUUGAGGAACAUUUAUAAUGUAGGGAGAGCAUCACUUAAGUGCCCGAUUCAGACUGACAGAACGGGCACGACUGCUCAAGAACGUUUUCAGCCGUCGCUCUGCAACAAGGGUAAACAUGGAGGUCGAACUGAGCCAUGGGUUCGCAUUUUCUCAAGAGGAAGGAGGUGCAGUGGCGCAAUCGGAUGUUAUUCGAGCAUACAACACAAAUUUGCCAAAGCCAGGGGGAAUGUAAUCACUUAUGUGUCUUUUAUGUUCAUCUGAUUCAUUGAUUGUCUUUGGAUAGACUGUGAAAUGCAAAUGCGAAUCUUCUGUUGGACUUUGCGGGACCACAUAAGUAUCUUGGUGGAAGAAAAGAAAUUGAUGAGACCCUCGCAGAUUUCAAAUUCCUUUUAAUAUUUGUCUAUUACUGUGUUUUGGGUCAUUCUUACUAGGCAUACAAAGGUUCUGCAAACUGUCGUAGAUGUUCUUGCUCUUACCUCAUUCUGAUCAACACAAUUAUCUAGAAAUAAAGUGAGAAGUCCAUUUAAGUUUCUACAAUCUAAUUCGUAAACCGAUAUAAAUGCCAUUAAGUUUGCAAUGUUGAGCAAAUUUUUAACUGUCCAUGGUAUUAUAUAUUGAAGUACAAAGUUUUUGUGCAUGAAGUAGUGCACUUAUUACUCAUUUAAGCAAAUUGCCUAAUUUUCGUAUCAUAGCUUAAGACUGCCAUGCUAAUAUUUUAAUCCUAAGAUUGUAAUCGAAAGCUUGGCAUGGCACACAAUUACGCUGACCUAGAUUGCAAGUCAUCUUUUGAAUCAUGUGUUAUUUAACUUCAAAGUGAAAUUGAUACCAUAAAUGUGAUUCCUUUAUUUUUUUAAACACUAAGCAGUCCUUGUGAUAAUUAGAAUGACUCUGAAUGUAGGCACUUGUUUCUGAAUUUACUGAUUGGAACCAGAUUGGAAUCAUCUCUUCUUGACUUCUAAGUAUGAGACAUUGUGCUCUUAGGGACAGUUUUUCACAACUGGUUUUGGAAAACUGAAGUUUCUUCUGAGCAAGAUCAUUGCCUGGUUGCUUUCCCAAUAAUCAAUUGAUUUACCUACCUGUAAUUCUACAAGUCCAAAAAGUAAUAGUGAGUUGUGAUUAAUCAAAGGAUUUGUUGCCUUAGAUUUGUUGCCUCAAAAAAAUUUCAAAUGACUUAAUCGUGUACAACUCCCCCUCUUUUUCUUUGUAUUGAGCCUCACAGUGAUCACUUCUUUGUUACACUUUUGUUAGAAGAAGCGUGAGCUAGUUUCAUUUUCUGCAAACCAAAUUUGGUUAAAAAAGAAAACAAUUUUAAAUUGCAAUGACUGAUAUUGUCAAAAGAACACAGCUGGUAUCUGGAAGUCUGAUGUAUCAACGUCCUUUGGCUACAUGGCCCAGUACUGUCAAGAGAAUGUACAAUUAAAUUAAGUCCCGUUUGCUGAAUAGCUUUCAUCUUUGUGUUGGCAUUAUGUACUUGUAAAUUAUUUGUCUAAUUCUUCACUGCUUUCUUUGUUACUUUUUUUGCUGCAUAUUGAUCAGUACUCGCAGCACAACACUGUGCAGAUUAUGUCAUGUCAUUACUUGUGUGGUAACUUGUAUUUGAACCGUGCUACAUUUUACAUUUAUAACUAAUUUUUCUUUUCAUGUGCAUGUCGAAAUAGUUACCAAAAAUCGCAUGUAGGUUGCUGGUUUUUAAUUUGGAGAUUAACUGCCAAUAUUGAUCCAUAAAGGAUGUGUUGGAUCUCAUAACAUAUCAUUGGCAGUUGUCGUUCUUCACAAGAAGAACGAAGGAUUUUGAAGUAAUUCCCCACAUGAGUGUAGGGUAGGAGCAUAAUAAAAUUAAAAUUAACUUAUUGCAUAGAAUGUGACGGCUUAAGUUAAGUUAAUGUGGUACUUUACAUUGUGAUAAUAAUUCAUUUGUAAGAAUUUUCAUGCCAUGUCUUUUAAUCAUGCUAAUGUGUACAAGCUUGUUGUGUAUAGGUAUAUGUUAAUUUUAUUUUGAAAUUCGUUGUUGUAUAUUAACUUAGUGAGUGCAGUUACUAGCAUUCCUCUGAGCACUAUUUUUAUGUAGUGUGAAAUUAGAUUGUUCCCAUGCUGACCCACAUUAAUCUUUCUUCUAUUUUUAAAAAAUCUGUUUUUUUUUGCUUAUUGUAUUAUGUGAUGUAUGGGUGUUGUUCUUUUUAUUUUUAUGUAUUUUCAAGGGUUUUUAUGACUGAAAUGAACAUCCUAGUCUGUAUAUAGGUAUUUUAUUGGAUUGUGUAAGUUUUUGUAUGAUAAUUGACACUAUGCCUUGUAGGCUUCUGAACUGUGCUUAUGUUAAUUUUACCACCUCAAUUAAUUUUUGAUCGUUUUUAAAGAAAAUUAAUUUGUUUUACUUCUGUUUUGAUGCAAGGGAAAUUGUGUAUCUCUGUGCUUUUGUUUACCAAAGUAAUAAAGUCUAUCUUCAAAAACUAAAAAUAA